AUGUCCACAGAACAACUGAAGCAGAUUCUCCGUGAUCUUCAAGAAAUUGCUCCCAAUAAAGUCCAGAGAGUUCUGGCAGCACGCGGCAUUUCUGGCCUCGACGCGCUUUUGGAGGGAGACGAAAUCACUUUUGCGUUAUUUGACGAAAAGGAUGAGAUAUUUCGCUGUCCUGACUGCGGCUGGGAGCUCGAAGAAGGCGGCUGUUGUGGACGUGAAUAUGAACCGGGGCCGUGGCAAGAAUAUCCCUACGAGGGCAUCCAUGAGCACCCAGAUCGUUUGUUGUCUUCACGGGAAUCGACGCCACUCCCCAAUCCUGAUUUCGAAACUGGCCAUCUUGGACCCACUGUGCCUGCGAUGUACCAAGAGCGGCGGGAAGAAUACGACGAGCUUCGUAAACGCGGUGCCACGCGACUAAUGUGCGAAACCUUCAAUCUCGAGUUUUCAGAAGAGACUGGCAUUGUUGCGUGGGCAGACGGAGACCUCUACACUGAAUUUGCGGGGCCAUCGAUGCAGAAAGGCGACUUCUGGAAAAUCAUGCUUGGACGCUGCGUUGAGUUGGACGACGACGACCUCGAUGGCUCUCAGUUUAUCGAGACGCUGGUAGAAGAAACACUGGUGCAACCCGCGGCCAUCGAAACUUGCUCUUUGUAUUGGGAAACGGUGGAAGAGUCGCCUGGCAUUUGGGUUACCCGUCCCAACGAAUCGCUCACGGAAGCCCAGCAACAAGAGGCAGUGGUGGUUGCUGAAUACUCGACAAGCGAUGACGACGAGGAAUUGGAAAUUUCAGAGGUCGAUCUGCCACUGCCAAUUGAGGAAGAGCAACUUGAAGAGGCCCCAAUCAAGAUGGAAGAGGAUGUAACACUUGGAUCAGUGGAUUCAAACGAUCCCGAAGUCGAAUCAGACUGCUACUCCUCCAUGUCUGACACCGAGGAAGAAGAUGAUGACGAUUCGGACUUUGAUGCCAUAUCAAGUGAGGAGGAUGAUGAAGACUUGGAACGAGAAGGCUCAUAUAUUGCCCAAGAGUUACAAUAG